CCCCUCCCGCCCGCAGAUAACCGCGGCCCCUCAGGCUCUUCCCCACCCGCCCAGGACUCGGCCCCGGCUCCCAGCCGCUCUCCAGGCGCCAGCUCCCUCUCGUCGCCGCCGCGGCGCGGGCAAGGAUGGCUCGGCAGCCCCGGGGCUUUCUGCAGGAGGCCUCUCACCAAGUCGUCGCCGGAGGCUCGGCGGGUCUUGUAGAAAUUUGCCUGAUGCAUCCCCUUGAUGUAGUGAAAACAAGGUUCCAAAUUCAAAGAGGGAAAACUGAUCCAACCAGUUACAAGAGCCUGGGGGACUGUUUUAGGACUAUUUUCCAACGAGAGGGAUUACUUGGCUUCUACAAAGGAAUACUUCCUCCCAUUUUGGCUGAGACACCUAAAAGGGCAGUGAAGUUUUUUACCUUUGAACAAUACAAGAAGCUUCUGGGAUAUGCAUCAUUGCAACCAGGGCUGGCAUUUGCAAUUGCUGGCUUGGGAUCUGGGUUGACAGAGGCAGUUGUGGUUAACCCAUUUGAAGUAGUGAAGGUUACCUUACAGACCAAUCAGAAUGCUUUCACACAGCAACCAUCUAGCUUUGUUCAAGCUCAGCAGAUCAUUAAAACCGGUGGUCUUGGCUUCCAAGGACUCAACAAAGGCCUCACUGCAACACUGGGCCGUCACGGAGUUUUUAACAUGGUUUACUUUGGAUUCUACUUCAAUGUGAAAAACAUUCUUCCAGUCAAUAAAGAUCCAAAUUUGGAGUUUUUGAGGAAAUUUGGAAUUGGGCUAGUCUCAGGAACAAUAGCCUCAAUUAUUAACAUUCCUUUUGAUGUUGCAAAAAGUAGGAUUCAAGGACCACAGCCAGUUCCUGGAGAGAUCAAGUACAGAACCUGUUUUAAAACUAUGGCAACAGUCUAUAAAGAGGAAGGAUUUCUGGCUCUGUACAAAGGCUUGCUUCCCAAGAUCAUGAGGCUCGGUCCAGGUGGUGCAGUGAUGCUUUUGGUUUACGAAUAUGUUUAUGCAUGGCUCCAGGACACAGUUAAUCACAAGGAGCAUUUCUGAAAAAACAUACUCUUUAAAAUUGCGUGCAUUCUAAAAUACCCUAUAAUAAAGCCAAAGUGAUUCUUAUCCUUUAUGGUGUUGAAUACCCUCAGAUUGCACUGAUGUUAAUACAAUUCCAAACAAAUAUGGUCUCUAGGUCCUGAUCCAAGAAAACAUUUAAGUACAUGUUUUUCUGUAAGUGCAUAAUUAAAUAGCCCUUGACAUUUGUAAUUGUUUUACUGGACCAAGAGAAAAUAUAAAGCAGACUUAAGACUGAGUUUUCAAAGGACAAACUGAAAUUUUGUCGACACAGAAUCAUCCUAUGCAUACUUCUUAAAAAGUUUCAGCUGAAAUGGCAAAAUAGAAACUAUCAGGGUAUUUUAAAGGAAAAAAGGA